UGUUUUCACGUAUUUUAUCAUAUUAUGUCAUCUUUUAUUGAAAUCAUAGGGAAAGAUAAUUAUAAUACGAAUGUAUAAAAGAAGAAGAAGAAAAGAAAAGAAACAAGAGAAGGAUUUCACAAGUCGUUACAAUGGAAGAGAAAACCUGCGUGUUUUAUGCGUAUAACCCUGAAAUUCUAAACCGCGUAUAAUAUAACAGAAAAAAAGGCGAGUUUCCCACACUGUCAGGCAAGGACGUUCGGUAUUUCAAACGACUUAAGAAUAUAAGUCGAAAUGGUAAUGAAUCACCUCGUAACUAUAGACGCGGCAUGAAUAGAUUAUUCCAUUAUCUUCUAAUCGUAAUACCGUCGGUAUUAUUAACGAAGAAUGAAAAAAAAUAUCUCUAAGAAAUAUCGACCGAGGUAGAAAUGAAUUCGCAAGAUUAUUCCUUUUUUUUUUUCAAAUGGCUGAUAAAAUCGCGCCAUUGAUUUAAUGAUGCGCGCAUGCGCAGUAGUACUCAAUGAUACUUGAUUUCAGUUUACGAUACAGUGGUAGUCUUGAAGAUUAGGUCACGUCGAGUAGGGUUGAAUAAAGUUGAAUUGGGUGAGUCGAACGUUACGACAUUAUACCACUGUGACAGACUACGAUGGUACACUAACGAUACACAACGUUCUUGGGUGUGGCACGAAGCUUGGAAAUUACUUGGGGUGCGGUUAAUACCGUGGGAUAAACGUCGGAUAAUAAAUAGAUUCUUAGUCAGAGUUUCGUCGAGGAACAUUGUUUGGUGAGAAGAAGUAAAAGGCUUAAGGGAAAGCGUCAGUUUGUAAGAGUCCGUCAUGAAGAAGAGAAGCUUGUCGGGAAAUAUAGGAAUAGGUGUGUUUUUAAUCGCGUUUAUAUGUGUAUGCAUAGCCUUUGGCACACCUGCGUGGUUAGUGAGCGAUUAUCGAAUCACCAGUGCUCAACUCGAUAAGUUGGGUCUUUGGAGUCAUUGCUUCAGAUCUUUACCAAAUCCUCGUGAAGCAGAUGCACCGACUCGCUUUUUUGUUGGCUGCAGAUGGGUCUACGAUCCAUUUACGAAAGGUUACUCAGAAAUUCGUGGUUUUCUAUUACCUUCAUUCAUGAUAGCCACGCAAUUCUUUUUUACGUUUUGUUUUCUGCUUAGUUUGAUAUCGUUUGUAUGUAUUUCAUUGUAUGCCUUGUGUUGCGAUCAAGAGCAGAAGCAAUACGUAGAACUUAUCAGGCUUAUCGGAUACAUGGUAUUAGUCGGUGGUCUUAGCGGUGGUAUCGCCGUUAUUAUAUUUGCCUCUCUUGGAAACGCGGAAGGAUGGAUGCCUGGUCAUACAAAUAACUAUCUAGGAUGGUCCUUCGCGUUAGGUGUAAUAGGCAGCGUAUUGUUGCUCAUUGCAAGUGCUUUGAUUCACGUUGAAGCAAAUGUUCAAAAGAAAAAACGUAAAUAUGUUACAGAAUCUCAAACUAAAUUUCAACUUGAAUCUCGUACAUAAGUAAAACAGUUUUAAUCUUAGAGACAUACAGAUAUUUUGUAUCUGUAAAUUUUCCAAUAUGAUUCCGUCCAUAAUGUAAACUUAGAUACAAGAAUAAGGUUAGGUUUAUACGCACACAUUUUUAUAUAUAUUUUGCACAUUAGACUAUUUACGAGUUAAGGUGCAGAUGGAAGGUUUAUACAUAUAUUUUUAUAUACUUUACAAGUAUUUAGACGUAAAAAGGGAACAAAAUAUCUUUCUAAGGAUAUAUUGUUUUGUAUAUAUCUUUUCUAUAGAUAUGUGUACCAUUUAACAAAACUGCCUUUAAAUAUAUUAAGGGAGACUGUUUAAUCUGUUUAAACGAGGAACAAAAUUUGUCAACAAAUCUUUUUUAAUUUUUAUUUUAACUACUUAUAUUUUUAUUAUAUCUAUACAGGUAUUUUUUAUGAAUUGCGAUACAUGCAUUCUUUCGUUGCAUAUUUUGGGUAUUAUUCAAUAUUGUAAACAAAAAGUUUUAUACCUGAUAGAAUAUAAUACAUAAUACUAAUGUGUAAAUAUACGAUACAUGAAUUUUUAUAUAACAACAUUUUAUAAAAAACUAAAAAGAUACAACGAUAAUGUAGUCUCCAUCCAAGAGUACAACUAUUAUAAAUAUAUAAGACAGAUCUGUUAAGUAUUAGAAUAAGAACAUUUUGAUUGCUACAUGUUAUAUAUAACGUAUCUUAUUUCAAAUAAAUAACGAGACAUACGACA